GUGCCUCUUCUGCCUGUGCGCCGUGGCUCCCCUCGGAGGCGGCCAUGGCGCCCUCGAGGGCGCCUGCGGCGAGGGCUGGCGGCUCGAGGCCAUGGUCCGCGAGUACGAGGCCGCCGCGGCGAGGCCCCUGGGCGCCGACGCGGCCGCCGCCUCCCCGAGCGCCCGUGGGCGGGGGCUGCGGGAGCAGGGCGCGCCGAUCUCCGUCGAGGUGUUCUUCCUGUCGACGUGCCCGCACUGCUACCACUUCAUCCACAACAACCUGGUUCCCUUCCUCGACGCCGGGCUGCCCGGGGACGAG